AUGAAGAGUUUGGAGAAUAACGAAAUGCAUAACUUGUGUCCAAUACAUUAUUAUUUUAACGGGAGAGAUUAUAAUAGUGAUACAAUAAUAAAUAAUGUAAAUAUAAAAUAUUUCAAUAUGGAUAAUUGUUUAGGGAAUGCUAAUCUUCAUAUGGAUUAUUUAAAUCCUGUAUUAAACCAUCCAACUAAAAUAGAACAUGGAAAAAUAAAAAUUUUAAUAUUAGAUGCACCUACAAAUGAUUUAUUACCCUUAUAUAUAAAGGAAAUGAAAAACUAUAAUGUAACAGAUUUAGUACGUACAUGUGAAAGGACAUAUAAUGAUGGGGAAAUUAAGGACGCUGGGAUUAAUGUCCAUGAACUUAUUUUUCCUGAUGGGGAUGCCCCAACAGAAGAUAUAGUGUCGAAUUGGUUAAAUAUUGUGAAUAAUGUUAUAAAAAAUAAUUGUGCGGUAGCAGUUCAUUGUGUAGCUGGAUUAGGAAGAGCUCCUGUUUUAGCUUCUAUCGUUUUAAUAGAAUUUGGAAUGGACCCUAUUGAUGCCAUAGUUUUUAUAAGAGAUAGAAGGAAAGGAGCUAUUAAUAAAAGACAAUUACAGUUUUUAAAAGAAUAUAGGAAAAAAAAAAAAAAAAAAAAUUGUCUUAGGAAAUGUCAUUUUAUGUGA